AUGCCAUCGUCACUAUGCUCAGAAUGGCUACGCGUUUUACUUUAUUUCGCCCUCUUCUACGCUGUAUCUGCCCAAGAAACAAUAGGUGGCCUUCCAAUCAAUCCGCACUACUUGGAAAUCAGGAAGAGUCUAAAAGAACGCACAACUGUCAAUGAAACUGCUUACAUUACCGCUUUUAAUGAUCCAAACGGAAGUUUUUCCAUAUCCCUCUAUUGUUCCCCCAAAGACCUUCAAUUUAUCGAAAAUGUUGGGGAUUUUAACCUAACAUGCAGUCUUUCAUAUACCUCAGUCGGCGAGAUCAAGUUUGCUUUUGAGUCGGACUAUCCACCGUCAGUUAAAAUGGCUCGUCCAUUUGUACUUGCGUUUCCUAUUUCCCCAACUCAGUCGAGUGACAACAUAACCAUCCCCGUUGUGAUAUCGCAAAUCGGGGAAUCCUACAUCCUUGUCAGCGCCGAGUUGGCCUCGACGGAACACCUGGCUGUCGGUAUAAGGAUGGUGGUACUUCGAGAAGACGGAAUAGUUGACUUGGUCUUCCGUAUCGGCUUGAUACUCCUGCUGAUCCUGCUAACUUUCCUUAUGGGCUGUGAGAUUGAUAUCGACAUUAUCAAGUCGUAUUUCAAAAAGCCGGUAGGACCAAUUAUUGGAUUCCUCUGUCAGUUCAUUAUUAUGCCUGGGAAUCGGGCUACCAGAUUUUUAGCCUUCGUUUCUUAA